AUGGACGCCUUAUUGAACGAUAGAUUUAGGGAUGUGGCACAAGCGGAAGGGAUAAAAGAAGGUAUGAAUGAAGAUGCAAAGAAAUUCUAUAACUUGGUUGAAGAGGCUAGCAAACUGUAUCCCGAUUGCAACGGGUUUUCUAUGUUGUCUUUCACCAUCCAACUAUACUUGUUAAAGUGUCAACAUGGGUGGAGUAAUGCCUCUUUUACUUCUCUCUUGGAGUUGCUAAAAGAGGCUAUUCCUAACUUAAAUAUUCCUACUUCUUUCAAUAAAGCCAAAACUAUGGUGAGAGACUUAGGUCUUGACUAUAAAAAGAUUGACGCAUGCCCAAACGAUUGCAUGCUAUAUUGGAAAGAGUACGAGAAGGACACAUCUUGUCAUGAAUGUGGCACUUCUCGUUGGAUUGUGCAUCCUGUAGUUGAAGCUGAUGUUUUGCCUUCAAAAAAAUAUCACAAUAUUCAUGUGAAGACGUUGCGACACUUUUCCCUAAUUCUCUGGCUUCAAAGAUUAUUCAUGUGCUCAGCAACAGCUAAAAUCAUGAGGUGGCAUGACGAAGAAUGUAGAAAAAAUGAGAAGUUAAGGCAUCCCACUGACGAACAGUCAUGGAAGGACUUUGACAAUCAUCAUACAAAUUAUGCUCUCGAUCCCCGUAAUAUGAGACUUGGCUUGUCAAGUGACGGAUUCAAUCCAUAUCGAACCAUGAGCAUAUCUCAUAGCACGUGGCCUGUUGUUUUAAUGGCUUAUAAUUUUCCGCCAUGGAUGUCUAUAAAACAGGAAUACUUUAUGUUGUCGUUGCUAAUCCCUGGACCAAAGUCACUAGGAAAUGAUAUAGACAUUUACUUGCAACCUUUGAUCGAGGAUUUGAAGAAGUUGUGGGAGGUCAGGGUGAAAACAUAUGAUGCAUCAAAAAAUGAAACCUUCCAAAUGUAUGCAGCUCUUAUGUGGACAAUCAGUGAUUUUCUGGCUUACGCAAUACUAUCUGGUUGGAGUACAAAAGGGAAGCUAGCUUGCCCUUGUUCUAACUAUCUUAAAUAUAGUCGUAAGACAUGCUAUAUGGGUCAUUGUGCCUUUUUGCCUGAGGAUCAUCCAUGGAGAGCUAACAAGAGAUCUUUCAAUGGAAAAGUAGAACAUAGGCAAGCUCCACCAUUAUUGUCGGGUACUGAAACUUUAAGUCAGUUGGAGUAUGUGAAUAAUUCAUUUGGGAAACUAAAACCAAAGAAAGAUGGUCCAUGGAAGAAGAGGUCAAUAUUCUUUGAUUUACCUUAUUGGCAGUAUAACACAUCACGACACAAUUUAGAUGUGAUGCACAUAGAAAAAAACAUAGUUGAUAGUAUUCUUGGAACUCUCUUGGAUAUUUCUAGCAAGACAAAAGAUCACACAAAUGCAGGAUAUGACUUGCAAGAAAUGGGCACUCGAAAGAACCUUCACCCCAAGAAAACAAAUGGUAGGAAAAAUGUGAAGCUAGUAAAGGCAUGCUACUCAAUGACCAAUGCUGAAAAGUCAAUUUUUUGUGACGUCUUGAAGACAACAAAGUUGCCAGAUGGCUCUGCUUCAAAUAUUUCUCGGUGUGUGAACCUUCUGGAGAGAAGAAUAUCUGGUUAUAAGACUCAUGAUGCUCAUUUCAUGCUUCACUAUUUGUUACAAAUUCCUUUCAAAGGAAUACUUCCAGAUCAAAUUGCAGUUCCUUUGAUUGGACUUGGCUCAUUUUUUCGUCAAUUGUGUCAAAAGUCUAUCACGUUACAAGAGAUAGAUCAAUUAGAAGAGGAUAUUGUCACAAUAUUAUGCCAAUUAGAGAGGAUCUUUCCUCCUUCUUUCUUCGACAUAAUGAUUCAUUUGCUUAUUCAUUUGGCAAAUGAAGUGAGAUUGGGAGGUCCAGUUCAAUUUCGGUGA